UUAAAAAUAAAGUCUGUUUGAUAUAAAAAAGGAAUUUUUAUGGAAAUAGAGCUGUUAAUCUCUUCUUUUAAAAGACAGCUGGACCUUUUGAUGUGUAAURUUUUUGAGUCGGAGUGAGACAUCGUCUUUGUUGUUUUUCCGCCUCUUCACGCGGCUCCUGCUGAAGUUGAUUCCGCUAAAAUUUAAGCUCAUUUUAGACCUUCGAGUCACAGUUUGGUUGUUGUUGUUGUUGUUUUUGUUGUGUUUUUGUCUUCGCAGCCACACGGUUCAGGGUAAAGUCCUUUAAAUAACCCGUCUGCAGCUCUGCUGUCAUCAUGGCGGGGGUUAUCCGGAGGCUGGACGAGACCGUCGUCAACCGAAUCGCAGCGGGAGAAGUGAUCCAGCGUCCGGCCAACGCCGUCAAAGAGAUGAUCGAGAACUGUUUGGAUGCGAAGUCCACGAACAUCCAGGUGACCGUGAAGGACGGAGGACUGAAGCUCCUUCAGAUUCAGGACAACGGGACCGGCAUUAGGAAAGAAGACAUGGAAAUCGUCUGUGAACGGUUCACCACCAGCAAACUCCAAACCUUCGAGGAUCUCUCCGCGAUCGCAACCUACGGAUUCCGAGGAGAGGCUCUGGCCAGCAUCAGCCACGUGGCUCACGUCACCAUCACAACAAAGACGGCAGACGCCAAGUGUGCGUUCAGAGCCAGCUAUAGCGACGGCAAACUCAAAGCUCCGCCCAAACCGUGCGCCGGCAACCAGGGGACGCAGAUUCUCGUGGAGGACCUGUUCUACAACGUGUCCACCAGGAGGAAGGCCCUGAAGAGCCCCGCUGACGAGUACUCCCGGAUCGUGGAAGUCGUCAGCAGGUACGCCAUACACAACUCAGGGAAGAGCUUCUCCGUCAAGAAGGGAGAGACGGUGGCCGACGUCAGGACGCUGCCCAACGCCUCGGUGGUGGACAACAUCCGGAGCGUGUUCGGGAACGCCGUCAGCAGGGAGCUGAUCGAGGUCAGCUGUGAGGACAAGAAGCUCGCCUUCAAGAUGAAAGGCUACGUCUCAAACGCAAACUACUUCAUGAAGAAAUGUGUCCUGGUUCUGUUCAUCAACCAUCGUCUGGUGGAGUCCAGUGCGCUGAAGAAGGUGCUGGAGACGGUUUACGCUGCCUACCUUCCCAAGAACACGCACCCCUUCCUCUACCUCAGGAAGAGGCCGAGGACGGAGGAGGAAGAGGAGGAGCUGACGGCUGCAGCUGCGCCUCGGAGGAGAGCGAUCAAACUGAGCAGCGUCAAGGAGCUGCGAGCCGAGAUCACUGAGAACACACACAAAGGUCUUCAGGAAAUGCUGCGGAGCCACUCGUUCGUGGGCUGUGUGGACCCCCAGUGGACUCUGGUCCAGCACCACACCAAGCUGUACCUGCUGAACAGCACCAGGCUCAGGUGUGAGCGGCAGGAUCACGGCCCGGUCCGGCCGACCCGGUCCGGCCCGGUUCAUUUCAGUUUGUGUUUCUCUUCCAGCCAGGAGCUCUUCUACCAGAUCCUUGUUUUCGACUUCGGGAACUUCGGGGUCCUCCGGUUGUCUGAACCGGCCCCGCUCUACGACCUGGCCAUGUUGGCUCUGGACUCGGAGGAGAGCGGCUGGACGGAGGAGGACGGUCCUAAGGAGGGUCUGGCUCAGUACAUCGUGGACUUCCUGCGGAGGAAGGCGGAGAUGCUGGAGGAUUAUUUUUCUGUAGAGAUCGAUCAGGAAGGGAAUCUAACGGGCCUGCCGCUYCUCCUGGACGGGUACACCCCCAUCAUGGAGGGCCUGCCCAUGUUCGUGCUCCGCCUCGCCACCGAGGUGAACUGGGACCAGGAGAAGGACUGCUUCAGGGACUUCUGCAGGGAGUGCAGCUCCUUCUACUCCAUCAGGAAACAGUUUGUUCUGGAGGCGGAGCCUGGCCAG